AUCAAGGAUCAAAGAGUGUUAUAUGGACCCAAUAAAAGGAACUAUGAAGCCAGCAGGUUCGAAGAGGAAGCGAGAUGUAUCCGAUACGAAACCAGUCCGGAGAAGCGGCCGAAUACCAAAAAUCAAAAUGGGAAAGGGAUUCCAUAACACAAUUGGACAAAGCAUCCAGUUGAGCGAUUCAGAUAAUGAUAACGAAAUGCAAAAAGCUACAGCAACACCCGAUGCAAACAGCGAUGACGACUUCCAAACGCCGCUUCCGGUACCGUUCGCAAAAGUUCUAACUAAACACCAUACUGGUGCUGAUAUAACACACCGUGACACGGCCGACGACGAUGACUUCGUGACGCAACCGCCCACGACAGAUCAAUCAGCUGCCAAUUCACAUGAAGUCGGUGACAGUGUUGACCACCAACAACCAUGCGAUGCAAAAAGAAAAAAGUCAACCGCGACUAGGAGAAAGUCAACGAGACCACCAGCAUCAUUUCAAUCGAAAAAAUAUGAGCCCUUUAGCGGGCCAAAAAUUAAACUGAAGACGUCUCCGGAUAAUCUGGUUACAUUGGUUAACAGCUUGAAUAAAGUUCAAAAAAACAAGGUCAUAGAGAUGGGAUUCGGUGCAUUGCUGAAUUUCAACAUACAUCAUGUACCGACGCGGCUAGCAUUUUGGCUUGCAAGCAACUAUGACGACGCUGCAGGGGUGUUGAACUUUGGAGCUACUCGUUUACGGAUCACAUCAACGUUGGUGAAUACAAUAUUCGGUAUACCGAACGGGGGUAUAAAGAUUGUAGAAAAAGAAAGAGCAAGGGACAGCAAUCCGGUUGUGAAAGAAUGGAGGGAUCAGUUCAAUGAUAACACUAAGGUGUCGCCAGUCGGUCUGAAAGACAUGAUGAUUACAGACACUUCAAGUGGUCGGUCAUUUGAAUUGAACUGGUUGGUUUUAUAUAAUACUAUACUUGGAGAGAUAAGCGCAUGCAACACAGUUAACCAAAGAUUCUUGGGAUGCGUGGACCCAAAUGAAAAAAUAUCAAACUUUGAUUGGAGCAGCUACAUGAUAACCUGCUUGGACCGAACGACGAAUGCAUGGAACCGGAAGAGGAAUGACGCUUUUAGAGGCCCGAUCGUGUUACUAGCGGCUGCAUACGCGUACGACCAAAGGGAUGCUUUGAAGCGUACUAAGAAGGGAUGUCAUCCGAUUGAAUUGAUAGAUGACGGGAUGCUUGACGAACUGCUCGGAAAACUUGAUGACGUACUUUGGGAUUCUCACAUAAAGCAUAACACCCCAAUGAUACCCAAAGUUCAUGAAGAUGCAGAAAAUCAGAUGAGUGAAAAGGUUAAGAAGAUAAGUGAUGAUAAAAAAUCAGCAUCAACAAGCGCUAAAGUAGUUGAAACGGCAGCAGAAAAACGUGCGGAUGACAACAAGGAUGAGGGCAACGAAGAAUACGGACCGUACGAAGAAGGGGACGACGACCAUAUGGGAAUAUAUAAACAUUGCAAGAGUUAUCUGCUGUCACAGCCAAGUACACAGGAGCCGCCGUUUGUAUGUCAAGUUGGGGCAGACGGCGAAUUUCGGAUACCAAUGGUAUCACAGUAUGGGACACCGCCCGUGUACUCACAAGAAGAAAAAGAUACUGAAGAGGCGUAUCUAUACUUAUAUAAAUCUGACAACAUUUUGCAUAACACUUUAUAA